AUGUUCUUCUGCUGCGGACCCCCGCGCAUCUACGCCGCGUCUGGCGCACGCGAGCGGGUGGAGGAUGUAGCACUGGCUAUGCACCCAUCGAAUUAUGUGUUCGCGCGCGUCACGUCGACUGGCGUGACGCUGUGGGGCGCAUCGCUCGGCCUGCCAGGCACGGGUCGCCGUCUUCUGGCGCGUUGCCACCGCAGGGGGCAGAAAGUCCAGCAGCUGGCAGAAGACGGGGAUAGUGCCGAGUCUCUAGUCGAAAAGGAACCGCCUCGUCUACUGUAUGCCGCAUGGGUAUUAGGGGAGUGUCUAGCUGUCGUCGAAAAAGGUGCGCAAUCCGUCGAGUUUUAUGCAUUCGAUGGAUUGCGUGAGUUGCUUUUGCGCCAUGCGACAUGUGAAAGUGACGAGUGGACGGACGACAGUGUGUUGGCGUUCGAUGACGUAAUCAAUGAAUCUGAUGCAACAUUGGACGAAUCAUUUGUCAUGGCGUUGCCGCAAAAGGAAACGAACGGGGCAGACGAGACAACGGCAACUUCAACGAGACUUCGACUUGCCGCCAAGUUUGUCAAUGAUUACCCACUGAAUCAGGGCACAUCUCAGAGUGAUUACGAAGACGUGGCUGCUUCAAUGAGCACUGUGCCGGGCAGCAAGUACCUGUUUGUAGGGAUGGCGAGUGGUAUGAUUUGUGUCGUGGAAGUUGACAACCGCGUCCACCAGAAAGAAGGAGAAGGGUCCACCUGGUUUGGCAACUCGGAGGGCUUGACCAAGAUUUGGAAAAUUGAUGUUCGCUCGCACUUAGCAGUAUCAGACGAGGCGACGCCGGCAAGUUGCUAUGCGCUAACAUGCGCCUCGCCCGGAGGGUGGCCAUCUGAGAUUACGUCGUUGCACUUAAUCGCCACUUUUGAAGGGGGAAAGUGUUUCAUCAUGGUACUGUCUCUUGUUCAGAAACGUAUUGACCAAUUGCUGUCGCUUGUCAAUACGGAGAAAGAUGGCGACACGUCGACUGCGACAUGCGCGAAUGGCAACGGACGGUGCACAACGACGUGUCUGGACACAAACGGGACACAACUGGCUCUUGGCUGGUCAGACGGCGGAGUGUCACUGUUUCGAUUGUUGUCCAACAGUGCGGACCAAGUGAGCAAAAAAGAGCCAAAACAUGAAACCGCCGUUGCAGCGACAGGACGGGUGUCGCAACUGGCUCUCGAGCCGAUCCGAGAGUUGAGUCUCGUCUCAUGGGGAUAUACCUCAGAAGAUACGGGAUCAGUCACGGCUUUAGCGUGGUCUAGUGAUGGUCAAAGCGUUGCAGUAGGUUACGCACGACGCGGUUUCUCGCUCUUUGCCACCGACGGCUGUCGUUUGAUGUCGACGUUGCCGCAGCAUAAUCAGGAACGACCUGAAAAGAUUGAUGAUCACAACAUGAAGGAAGUCUGCGCCUUUGGUGUACUCGAUAUGCUGUGGACCAAAGAAAGCAAUUCGCUGAUUGUAGUGCCUCGAGGAGAACAGUCGACGCAAUUAAUGCCGUUGCCAGAAGACCAAAUCCUGCAAGAAAUUGAGGAUGAGGCCGAUGUAAAGGUGACGCAGGUCGCAGAUCUGGCGGAACAGGUGCAUGCAAAGGUGGAGAAAGGAGAAGACGGUCUGUGUUUGUCCUUGUCUGGUGCACUCGGUCGUUGUGGUGCAUGGGUUCGGAGCGAAAGGAGUUUUACGAAACGAGGUGUUGAUCAAGGUGUAGGGCCGGCGGAAGCGUGUGGACUGAUCCAGGGUGGCGACUUAUUGGUGGCUAUCAACGAUAACGACCAAGUCGUCAACUUGGCGUUCGAGCAGAUUGUCAGUGAAAUAAAAGGGCUGCCGAACAACAAGACAGUGGCGCUUACGCUGCUUCGUUUGGAAUGGGAUGAAGUGUUCCCGCUAGCUGUUGAAGCGCUGUCGUCUACUGAGUUUAUGGAUGCGCACGGCAUUCACUUGCUCGACGACGAGAACUUGUGCAUUCAAGAGUAUGCUUUACGUAUGCAGGCGCUGCAUGGAGAUUGCGAUUCGGAAGACCGCCCGCCUCUUAUGGAGUUUGAGCGCCGCGCAAAGUUUGAUGGGUGGGAAGCGAUUCGAGGCUUUACGUGUAUUGUUGCAAAGCACAAAUAUGUGAAGUUACUGUUUGCUCUCCUUCCAGUUUGGAAUCCGACCCAUGUACUCAAAGCCAUUUCGGAUUACUGGAAUGCGGUGUGCGCGCAGAAGAUGUAUGCUGCAAAGCAGAGGCGCUUAAAAGAGCUGCACGCACACCGACAACCUGUAAAAGUGCGUCAGAGGACGUCGAUUUCAUUUGUUGAGCUUGAUUAUGCAAAAAAUGUUCCGCUCUCUAGAGGCAAGUCGUCCCGACAUACGUUGUUGGAGAGCAAGAGCGUUCGUUUGGUGGCUGCGCCAUCUCUUGAUGACCCAUGUGCAGUCACUUGCAGCGUAAGUUGGAGUGUGCCAACUGAGUUUGAAAAGUGUUGUCCUCUUCGGCUUGUAGCUUCGAGCGAUAGUGGCAGCCACGUGGCCGUAGCAGGCCAGAAAGGUUUUUGCCUGCUUAACACUGCAAAUGGAAAGUGGAGAAUGUUUGGUAACGUGAACGACGAGCAGGACAUGUUUGUUCACUCGAUAUUGUGGGUGGGGGACAACGCGAUUGUAGUCAACUUUACGCGUUUUAGCGAAAAACACCAAUCUUUGCAUCUGCAAGCGUAUCCCAGGAAUCACUUGGAUGAGGAAUCUAUCUUAGAACAGCUUGUGUUCGCCCGCGAUGAAAUGUAUGCCGUACGCAGUCAAAAAUCAGCCGCACAAAGUGGGCGUUCGCUAGAUGACGAUGCUGAAGACUGUUUUGUCAUUAUGGAUUGCGAUGAUGCGCUGAAGAAUCUAUUCUGCGUCUCCAAGCAUGAACUCUGGUGCUUUGACUUGACACAAGCUGGUUCUUUAAAUCAGAACAAUUUUUGGAUGAGCAUACAGCUAAAGCGAAAGGUGCGUCUGCCAUCAAGGGUUGUGGAGUCACAGCAUGUUGGAAAUACGAGAAGAAGCUCUGUUCUGGAUUUCGCUGUUCUACCGCGCUUCCUUCAUAUUCAAGACGACAAACUUCGUGAAGAGCAGCAGCGAAAGUAUCAGCACGAACGCGACAACGACGACGAUGGUGAAGGAUGGAUGUCAAGCUUUGUGAAUAUGCUGGUAGGAGGCGAAGUUCCCGACCAAUAUACGCCAGAAGAAGUGCUCCCUCGGUUUGCAUUUGUCGAGAGUGUAGGAAACGUGAUUGUAUGGGACCCAGAAGAUCGCUCGCAGCGAUUAUUAUGCUCAAACGUGAGUUCUAUGGCGCGGUUGUUUGUUUCACCGGAGGCGUGUGCGGCAUGGCCAGCACCUUGCCGACUCAUUUACGGAUUAUAUGGUCCUGAAGGUAUGAAGAUGUGGCUCCCGCUACUGGAUGGCGUCUACAUGACCCAUACAAAAGCCUUUGAAGAGGAUAGCCGCCGGCUCGAAACUUUCUUGGCUUGCCAUGACCCACUGCGUGCAAAAACAUAUGAGAUAGAAUUUGGCACAGCCCCAGCAACGGCAGAGCUCUACGAGCAAGUUGUCUGCGAGUACGGGAUUGCAUUGGAAGGCUUUCUAUCAAGUGGUACUGGUGUUGGUGUAGGUACUGGAAGGAUGCCUUUGAGCGAUGGAUAUUCCAAUAUGCGUGGGUGUGUGAUGUCAGUGGACGAUCCCUCUGCAAAGGAUGGCAUGCUCCGUUUCGACUAUGAUGUGAAAGUUUUAGGUGCUGAGCAAACAUUUGGGUUGCUGAUAGGUGUGUCGCAGGAUGUGUAUGUGCCUUCCGGUGUGCUUCUUCCAUGCUACGAUGUAUUUGUGCGCGUGCAACCGAUUUUCCAUACGCUACUGUGCUUUCUCGUACAAAACGGGCAGCUUUCGUGGGCGCAGCUCGUGCUGAGCGGCGUCCGGAAGCAGUUUGCACUUUCCACGCCGACUCAAGAGCUGUUCCUUCACUCCAUGCUCGAGGCCUGUUUUGCGAAGCAAUGCUCUGAAGAAGCGUUUCUCGCUGCCAUUGAGCUGCUACGUUCGAGCGAGAUAGAACAGCAAACGAAAGUUGACAAUGCCGAAUAUUGCGAGAUUGUCGCUCAUGUGGCACGAAAGAGCGAGCCUUCUCGACUGAAAGCGUUGUUUCCUGCUGCGGGAGACCCGAUGGAUCUACUGAGUGGCUGUAAGCAGAGAUCGGAGCUUCGCACGGCUGCUAACUUCUUGCUUAUUUUGGAAGAGUGCUCAAGCGUGUCGGGCACUUCGAUGCCGCUACGGAUGGAGUGUGCUGCCAAACUGCUUAAGGAGUGCAUUGACCAAGAAGAAUGGGUGCUUGCUCAGCACGUGGUUCGGGUCGCGCGCGAGUGGGAGCAAUCGCCAUCCAAUGUCGGCUCCCUCAAACCUGCUAAACGAUGUGGUGCUAGUAUCGAUGAGCGGCUGGCUUCCUUGCUGCUAGAUUAUCUUGUUCGUGGUGAAUAUGAACGUGUUAUCUGGUGCGUUGAGGAUCUUCAAGCGAAGCUCCCACACAGCCAUCUUGAAGAUCGCCAAUCAGAGAUGGACAGUGAUAGCAUUCAAGCCCAGCUCCACCACGUUUUUGUCCAGGGCAGUAAACGGAGGCAGCUGAGGAUCUUGCUGCAAGCUGUGACAGAGGCUCACUAUGAUGAGUGGGUUGCGCGCAUUAAGCACGUAAUGGAGCAAUGA